CUUGAAGGCAUGUGAAUAUACUCAUCGGCUCCGCCGCCCUGGCGGAUUAAUCCCUUGUCAGCAAAUAUAAUACCUGUAUCAAUAUCUGUAUAACACGAAGGAACAUGGAGUGUCCCUUACGUGUAACCGUUCCGUAUAUAAAGUCCCCUUGGAAGCCCGCUACUAAGAAGUAAAUUGAAUCAAUUAUAAGGUUACAUAUAGUAUAAACCAUUCACCAUGACCUCAAGUAUCCUCCUUCAGGGCGGAACGGUUCUAUACCACGACGAUGAAGACUAUGUGACUGCACUCAGUGACACUGAUGUUCUCGUCACAGGGAACCUGAUUGCAAAAAUCGCGACGGGUAUAGAGGUGCCACAAGGCACUACGAUUAUCGAUUGCAAGGGCAAGAUCGUUUCCCCUGGCUUCAUUGAUACGCAUCAUCACCUAUGGCAGACGCAGUUGAAGGGGCGGCAUAUGGAUGAGACGCUGCUGGACUAUAUGGUGGCAGGAAAUAUGCAGAGUUACAACUUCACGCCAGAGGACAUGUUCUGGGGCCAACUAGCCGGCUGUCUUGAAGCCAUCGAUGCGGGAACCACAUAUGUCCUUGACCACUCGCACGGCAACUACACCCCCGAACAUGCAACUCAAUGCUUAUCCGCAACCACCGCCUCAGGUCUCCGCUCCACCUACGCCUACGCCACACCCUCCGUCCCCCUAACCUCCUGGACCGUCUCCACCGUCGUCCCCUCAUCCGAUAUCCUCUCUUCUUGGUCCCUAGAUCAACUCGAGUCCCUUGCCAAGUCCCAACCCCACGCCAACGGCCGCCUCACCAUCGGUCUCGGUUUUGACCUCUACUUCCUCCCUCAGGAAGUUGUCAUCGGGAUCUUUGAGCGGUUCCGGAGGGCGGGGGUGAAGGUUAUUACUUCGCAUGUUGCGAAGAAUCCUGUUUUUGGGAAGGCGUCUACGGUGGAACUUUUGGAUUCUUAUGGGUUACUGGGGCCGGACAUUGUUUUGUCUCAUGCUACGAAUCUUACGUUUGCUGAACACGCCGUGCUUCACGCUGCUAAAGUUCAUGUCUCCUCUACACCGUCUUCAGAGGCGCAGACUGCGCUUGGAUGGCCUGUUGCGCUGCGCUCUGACGUCCAUGGUUCACUGGGGGUAGACAGUCAUGCCUUCUGCGGGUCUAGCAUCCUUUCCGAAGCGCGUGCUGCACUGUUGCUUGCUAGACAAGAGACCAACGCCGCGUUAUUAGACAAAGGUGAGUUUCCCCAGAAACUGGUAGGAGGAGCAAGAGAAGCGUUUAAUCUCGCCACUGUGGGCGGUGCGAGGGCGGUGGGGAUGGGUGAUAAGAUUGGGAGAAUCAGGGAGGGGUAUUUAGCUGAUCUAGUGGUGGUCGACGGAAGGACUCCAGGGAUGGCGGGGGUGAGUUCUUGGGAUCCUGUUGUUGCUGUUGUGGGACAUAGUGGUGUGCGGGAUGUGGAAACGGUGAUUGUUGAUGGCGUUGUGAGGAAGAGAGGGGGAAAGUUGGUGGGUGUUGAGUUAGAGGGAGGAGAGAGAUUGGAGUGGGAGGGGGUGGCGGAGAAGGUGGAGAGGAGUAGGGAGGAGGUGCAGAGACGGAUUGAGGGGGUGAAUUUGGAGAAGGCGAGGGAGUUGGUGGUGGGGAUGUGGCAUGUUGAUGAGAGUAAGAUUAAAGCUGUGGAAUAUUGAUGGUAGUAAGGUAAGUAGUAUCAUGCAUCUCCCCUCCCGA